ACGGAUCAGAUCAUGGGCAGGCACUCUAAGCAUCUCCCCCCGCUGAAACCGGGUUUUACAUUCCGGGUGUUGUGGAUGGUCCAGGCUUUCCUGGACCUGGCCGGCUCCCAGGAGAUUUACGCGCCGCACUCGAUCCGGGUGGAGGGCGACGUGACGCUGGGGGGGCUCUUCCCCGUACACGCUAGGGGGGUUCCGGGGAUACCGUGCGGGGACAUCAAGAAGGAAAACGGCAUCCACCGGCUGGAGGCGAUGAUGUACGCGCUGGACCAGAUUAACGGCGACGAAGAGCUGCUGCCCAACGUCACCCUGGGCGCCCGGGUCCUGGACACCUGCUCCCGGGACACGUACGCGCUGGAACAGUCGCUGACUUUCGUCCAGGCGCUCAUCCAGAAGGACACGUCGGACGUGAGAUGCACCAACGGGGAGCCGCCGGUCUUUGUCAAGCCCGAGAAAGUUGUCGGGGUGAUCGGAGCGUCGGCCAGCUCCGUGUCCAUCAUGGUGGCCAACAUCCUGCGCCUGUUUCAGAUCCCUCAGAUCAGCUAUGCAUCGACGGCUCCGGAGCUCAGCGACGACCGGCGGUAUGACUUCUUCUCUCGGGUGGUCCCUCCGGACAGCUUCCAGGCCCAGGCCAUGGUGGACAUCGUCAAGGCCAUGGGCUGGAACUACGUCUCCACGGUGGCCUCAGAGGGCAGCUACGGGGAGAAGGGGGUGGACGCCUUCAUGCAGCUCUCCAGAGAAGCAGGUGGAAUCUGUAUCGCUCAGUCGCUGAAGAUCCCUCAUGACCACAAACUCUCCGACUUCGAUAAAAUCAUCCGUCUGCUGCUGGACACUCGCUACGCCCGGGCAGUCAUCCUGUUCGCCUCUGAUGAGGACAUCAGGGGGAUCCUGAAUGCCAGCAAGCGAGCGGACCAGGUGGGUCAUUUCCUGUGGAUCGGUUCAGACAGCUGGGGGGCCAAGAACAGUCCCAUCCACCAGCUGGAGGACGCUGCCGUGGGAGCCGUCACCAUUCUGCCGAAGAGAGCCACCAUCAGCGGGUUCGAUGCGUACUUCACAUCACGGACUCUGGAGAACAACAGGAGGAACGUGUGGUUUGCCGAGUACUGGGAGGAGAACUUCAACUGCAAACUGAUGAGCUCCUCCAAGAAAGACGAGAGCAGCAGGAAGUGUACAGGUCAGGAGCGCAUCGGCAUCGAUUCCAAGUACGAGCAGGAGGGAAAGGUCCAGUUUGUGAUCGACGCGGUGUACGCCAUGGCCCACGCCCUCCACAACAUGCAGAGGGACCUGUGUCCAGAGAACUCCGGCAUCUGUCCCGAGAUGGACCUGGCCGGAGGGAAGAAGCUGCUCAAGUACAUCCGCAGCGUCAGCUUCAACGGAAGUGCUGGUACUUCAGUGACAUUCAACCGUAAUGGCGACGCCCCGGGACGCUACGACCUGUUCCAGUACCAGUGGAACAACGUCACCGGGCCGGGCUACCGAGUGAUUGGACAGUGGACCGAGACCCUGCAGCUCAACAUUGAGGACAUGCAGUGGCCUCGAGGCGAGCAGGACAUUCCCAGCUCCGUGUGCAGCCUUCCCUGUAAAACCGGCGAGAGGAAAAAGGUGGUGAAAGGAAUGCCCUGCUGCUGGCACUGCGAGCCCUGCGACGGCUACCAGUACCAGUUCGACGAGUUCACCUGCAAGCUCUGCUCCUACAACAUGAGGCCCAAUGCCAACCGCACAUCAUGCCAGCCGAUACCCAUCAUAAAGCUGGAGUGGCACUCGCCCUGGGCAGUGAUUCCGGUUUUCCUGGCAAUGCUCGGGAUCAUCGCUACAAUCUUUGUCAUGGCGACGUUCAUACGGUACAACGAUACGCCGAUCGUCCGGGCGUCCGGCAGAGAGCUGAGUUACGUUCUCCUGACUGGGAUAUUUCUAUGUUAUAUUAUCACGUUCCUCAUGAUCGCCAAGCCCGAUGUUGGUGUGUGCUCAUUCCGAAGGAUUUUCCUGGGUCUGGGUAUGUGCAUCAGCUACGCCGCCCUCCUCACCAAAACCAACCGCAUCUACCGAAUCUUUGAGCAGGGCAAGAAGUCAGUGACGGCACCCAGGCUGAUCAGCCCCACCUCACAGCUGGCAAUCACCUCCAGCCUCAUCUCAGUCCAGCUGUUGGGGGUGUUCAUUUGGUUUGUGGUGGAUCCGCCCAACACCAUCAUAGAUUAUGACGAGCAGAAGACCUUCAACCCGGAUCUUGCCCGAGGGGUGCUGAAAUGCGACAUCACGGAUCUUCAGAUUAUCUGUUCGUUGGGUUACAGUAUUUUAUUGAUGGUGACGUGUACUGUUUACGCUAUAAAGACCCGCGGGGUCCCGGAGAAUUUUAACGAGGCCAAGCCCAUCGGGUUCACCAUGUACACCACCUGCAUUGUGUGGCUGGCUUUUAUACCCAUCUUCUUUGGCACGGCGCAGUCUGCAGAAAAGCUCUACAUCCAGACCACCACACUGACCAUCUCCAUGAACCUGAGCGCCUCCGUGGCCCUCGGGAUGCUCUACAUGCCCAAAGUCUACGUCAUCAUCUUCCACCCGGAGCUCAACGUGCAGAAGAGGAAACGUUCCUUCAAAGCCGUCGUCACGGCCGCCACCAUGUCGUCCCGACUGUCCCACAAGGCCAGCGACAGGCCCAACGGAGAGGCCAAGACGGAGCUGUGCGAGAACGUCGACCCGAGCAGUCCAGCAGCAAAGAAGAAAUACGUGAGCUACAACGACCUCGUGAUCUAACAGCGUUCGUCCGUCACGAGAGGCUGAAAACGGAGGAAGAGAGCGAGAGCUGGAGAGGUUUGUUCUGCCGCCCUGCUGGCUAAAAACAAGAAGAGACGAAUGUUUUUUAUUUUUUUCUUAUUUGAUUUUUUUGGUCUCGUGCUUCAUUG